AGAGAGGGUGGGGAGAAAGGAGAGCGACGAGUUUACACUUCUGCACCGUUUCCUCUCUCUUCAGUCUUUCUGUCGUUUUUGCAUGCGUUGUCUCUCUUCUCUUCUUCUCUCCCCAGUUUUUCUCAACCUGUUCAUCUCCAGAAUGGAUGGAAGGCUAGUACUUAUCAUCCUGGCCAUGUGUGUAAUGAAUGUUGUAACCAUUGAAAACAAGACAUCCACCUCCCAGCCUCUCACACCAUCCCACUCCACUCCUGCUACCUCCGGUCCCCCCGCUACCCCCACUACUUCCUGUGUGUGUAAUAUCUCCACUUCCUGUUCCUCUCCGACCAAGCCCGAGUCUCCGCCACCUGCMCUGGGUGUUGUCAAGGUCAACUGGGAAAUAAAGUCCUGUAAGGGGGACAUACACCUGUCUCUCCUCUUGUCCCAUUCCUUACCACUCUGCUAUAACAGUAUGGCCAAUCUUAGCCUUGAACUGGCAGAGUUGUGUGAGAYGAAMGGCUGCGAGGGCUCCGCAAAGUMGACUYAGARCCCUGCUAGCUCUGAGGGUUACCAGAUCGAUAGGGAUGGAAGGGUUACCAAUAACUCCUGUACAACACUGAGGWUCCAAUGCYAAGGUGAGUCCUGUAUGUUUGUGCGUCCUUUCUGUAUAUAUUCCUCUCAGUGACUGACAGUGGGUUUAAAUACCACACACGCAUACAAGUUCAUGAAUGUCUUUGUAAGUACACUUUUUAUAUAUUUUUGUAAAUGUUUUAUAAGGUGCUAUAAAACAAUAGCUUGGUUUCAAUGUUUAGGCUGUCUUGCCAAAUGAUCAUAUGAGUUGGUAAGACAGCAACAACAACAAAAAACAGAUCUGGGACCAGCCUAGUAAAGUCAUGGUUAAAUUUGAAUCUCAUCUCCUCUCCACUCCAGUCGUCCCAGAUCAGUUAGUGGGCUAUAAGGUGGUGACUGGACUGCUGUGUGUUCUGGUGCUGGUGGUGCUGAUGGUGCGUUUCGGGCAGCCCUCCUUCAAGGCCCUCCGUAAGAGARUGUCAGACAAGAGACAGAGUCGGUGGAUCGGACCUACGCAGAGCCAAAGUGUCUCCUACCAUAGAGGGAAGGCUGGACUCCAACUUAACGACAACACAGACAAGAGACACUCCUACCCUGGAUUGGAGAGGCUGACGGUGAACACCAGCCGAGAGCCGUCGUCUAACAGAAACAGUGAUUAUGACUCUUAUAACUUGUGAUCAUCAUCAUCAUCAGUCAUGUUCUCCAURCUCUAUGACAAAAUAAUGUACAUGUGUUUUUUAUAUUUUAUUAUAUUUUUUCAUGCUAAAUGUAAUAUGUUUUUAUGCACAUAAUAUCUUUUUGGGGGGGUUUCUGUUUGUAAUUCAAUC